AGGAGAGAAGUAACUGAGCAGAAGAAGAGUUCAGCAGAUUUCAACAAACCUCCUUCUUCACUUUAUUAACACUCAAGCUUCAUCGGACGGCCUUCUAGCAGCUCUUCCUUAUCUUCAGCGUUAGUCGUUGCAGUAUUUGAGAAAGAAGAAAAGAAAAUGAUGAGCAGCAGAGUCCUCGCCGUCUCCAUUGUGGUGCUCCUGGCCCUCUUGGCCGUCAGUGAAGGGAUGAGUCUGAGAAGCCUGGGAGUGGAGCUGCACUGCCGCUGCAUCCAGACGGAGAGCCGAAACAUCCGCACCCACAUCAGUACGGUGGAGCUGAUUCCCGCCAACUCCCACUGCGAAGACUCAGAGAUCAUUGCCACUCUGAAGAAGACUGGCCAGAAGGUCUGCCUGAACCCCAAAGCUUUCUGGGUCCAGAAAAUGAUCAAGAGGUUCAUGUCCAACAGCAGACGCUGAAGACUGAGCCGGCACAAAGCACCAAUGAGAAGUACUAAAAUGUAUUUGUUGUCUUCCCACCGGCCUCAUUUUGAUAUCACGAGCGAGUGGAGAAAAAAGGCGACGUAAUUCAACCACUGAGGUUAUGUUUGUAUCAAACACAAUAUUUAUUAAGAAGCUUGCACUUGUUUUGUGUGUCCCUUGUGUGCUGAAGCCAUUUCCUCACCGAAGCCACUCGGCUGACGCUGGAGUUUGUAAAACUGCACAACUGUUGUCUUGCCCAUAAUUUAUAAGAGUGAACUUAUUUAUUGAUGUAUUUAUUGAAUGUUAAUGUAUUUCUGACUCAAUGUGGAGCUCCGUUGACAAACCUGUCGAAAUAAAAGAGUUUAUAUUGAA